CGCUGAUCACUGACUCAGUACUGGACGGAGUAUCUAAGUGUAUUCGUCACUGCAGUCGGACAUUCUCGCGCCGCGUAUGCUGGUGCAUAACAAUUCAAUAUGGUUGCCAAGAAUCGCGGAAACAGUGAGGGUGCUUUAGUUACUGCCAUUGAGUUAGACGAUAUGUCAAAUAGCGUCACAACUGACGAUGGUGACGAGAACAAAAAGCGGGGAAAUUGGACACGUAAGAUGGAUUUCAUACUGUCAUGCAUUGGAUUUGCAGUCGGACUUGGGAACGUGUGGAGAUUUCCUUAUCUAUGUUACGAAAAUGGAGGAGGGGCGUUUCUCAUACCGUACAUUAUAUGUUUACUACUUGCUGGAUUACCACUCUUUUUCUUUGAAUUAUCACUCGGACAGUUUGCAAGUUUGGGCUGCACAGGUGUAUGGAAAUUGUGCCCCAUAUUCAAAGGUCUUGGAUAUGGAAUGGUCAUUCUGACCGGUAUGGUGUGUAUCUAUUAUAACGUUAUAAUUGCCUGGACUGUAUACUACUUCAUAGCCUCGUUCACAGACAUCCCGUCAUUGCCGUGGGUUGGAUGCGAUAACUGGUGGAAUAACGACUUUUGUUUUGACACCAGCAAUAUUACCAAUACGACAAGCGGAAUGGUAGUGGUUAAUGGCACCAAUAUCACCUUGGAUAGGCCUUCACAGCAGUUCUGGGAUCGAUUCAUUCUCCGACGUACUGAUGGCAUCGACGACUCAGGCACAAUUGUCUGGCAGAAUGCGAUGUGUCUUCUCUUUGCGUGGGUUAUCGUAUACCUGUGCAUCAGCAAAGGUAUCAAGUCAUCUGGAAAGGUUGUAUACGUCACAGCCACGUUCCCAUACAUUAUAUUGCUGAUACUCCUAAUACGAGGUGUUACCUUACCAGGUUCAAAGAAGGGAAUUCUAUUCUACAUAACACCCCAGUGGGAGACAUUGAAAUCCCCAAAGGUUUGGAAAGAUGCCGCCUCUCAGAUAUUUUAUUCAUUAGGAAUUGCAUUUGGUAGUCUUCAUACAAUGGCAAGCUAUAAUAAGUUCCACAACAACUGCCACACUGACGCCAUUAUCGUGGCGCUUGUCAACUGUGGUACAAGUAUAUUUGCUGGUUUCGUUGUGUUUUCUGUUCUUGGAUUCAUGGCCUACGAUAUGGGAGUAGAGAUCAAGGACGUAGUAGAGAGUGGGCAAGGGUUGGUUUUCGUUGCUUACCCAGAAGCCAUUGCGAGGCUUCCCAUUUCACCACUAUGGGCCAUAUUGUUUUUUAUCAUGGUAUUCACCCUAGGAUUGGACAGCCAGUUCGCUAUGCUAGAGACUGUGAUUACCGCCAUAUUUGAUGAAUUGUCAUAUGUUGUAACGAAAAGAAAAUCACUUAUCAUUGCUAUAAUUUGCAUAUUCUGGUAUUUGAUGGGACUGCCUUGUGUGCUCAAUUCCGGAGUUUACUGGGUUGCUUUGCUGGAUACUUACUCGGCAAGUUUCUCUGUGAUGAUAAUUAGUACACUGGAAUGUCUUGUCGUGUCUUAUGUAUACGGAAUUAAUAGCUUCUGUGACGAUAUUCACACAAUGCUGGGAUUUAGCCCAAAUGUGUACUGGAAAGCGUGUUGGCUCGUCAUUUCGCCACUUAUGCUGAUGUUCAUUCUUAUUUUCAGUUUCGUUGUGUACUCGCCAGCAACAUAUGGUGCCGACUAU